GGUGUGCGGGUCGGGGCGGAGCAAAGGACGCGGGUGGCCGUGGUCAGAUCGCCGCGGCCGAGGAGCCGACGGCUCUGACGCGGGCUGGACCCGGUGAGCCGCGGCCAAGGCUGACCAGCGCUGACUGGCGAGGGGGCACGGCGAGCUUCACCGGGAGGCCACUCUGCCCUCGGCCGCAGUCACUGACGGCCGGGCGGACCAUGGCGUCCUCGGCUCGUCUGGUCACCAUCAAGCGGAGCGGCGACGACGGCGCGCACUUCCCGCUGAGCCUCAGCUCCUGCCUGUUCGGAAGGAGUAUUGAAUGUGACAUUCGUAUCCAACUGCCUGUAGUGUCCAAAAAACAUUGCAAAAUUGAAGUCAAUGGGCAAGAGGCAAUAUUGUAUAAUUUCAGUUCCACGAAUCCAGCGCAAGUGAAUGGGGCUACUAUAGAUGAGCCUGUGCAGCUGAAACAUGGAGAUAUAAUAACAAUCAUUGACCGAUCUUUUAGGUAUGAAAAUGGAAAUCAUGAGGAUGGAAGCAGCUCAACGGGAUUUUCAGGGAAAUCACCUGGACAGGAACCAGCACGGCGAGCUUCGAGAGCUAGCUUCUCUGUUGACCCUGAUGGGAAAGGUCAAGAUGCCAAAGCUUCGAAAACCACUGCUUCAAGAAGAUCUUUGGUACAUGCCAAGAGGCUCUCUGGAGACAGUUCAGUCUCAGAUGGCUCAAAGGACAGUGUUACCCAAGAUCCAUCCAAUACCUGUUCUUCAGGGCAUGUAGAACAGCACAGUGGCAGAAGCAUAGGAGAGCCCACAUCAGGUGGUCUCUUUAAGAAGUCUGGGGCUACAGGGAGUAGUUACAGGGAACUGAAGUCUUCCCCUGCACAGAGCCUUAGCAACAGCAAGAAAAAUGACUCUCCCUUUGAGAAACUUUAUCAGUCGAUGAAGGAAGAGUUGGAUAUAAAAUCACAGAAACAGUCUCGUAGAAAGUCAGAACCACAACGUGAAUGUGCUGCAGGCAAAGAUACAUGGGAAACAAAGCUAUUGGUGUCAUGCAAGUCAAGACCAAAAUCCAGUGGAAGCACUCCUGGGACUGCAGCCUCUUCACCCAAAGGAGACAAGAUCGGGGCUGAGACACAGAACAAUGGUAUGGGGCCUGUUGAGACUUCCGCAGAGGCUCUGAGCCCCAGCUUUCCUCUCUCUGAGACAGCUAAGAUGAAGACCCCUGUGCGAAAUUCACAGCUGCUUAAGAACGAAGACUUGCAUAUUACUGGCAGAAGAGAGUCUGUGAAUCUGGGUGAAAGUGAAGGUGCCAAGGCAGGUCAUAGGAUAGUCACUCCUAGGAAGCUGGGAACUAGAAACCAAACUUCAGUGAAAGUUGAAGAUGCUGCCAGCCCUGCUGAUACACCAGAGAAUCUCUCUUCCAAAAAGAGGAGGAGUAUUCCUGCAAAGGUAGAAGUGCUGUCUGCAGAAACACAAAACCGGUUCUCUUCAACUCAGCACCUUGCUCCAAGUGAAAAGAGAACUCCGAAGGAUUCCUUCAGCAAGCCUGAGAAAUUGGCCACUGCAGCUGAGCAGAUUUGCUCUGGGCUACCUGGUCUUAGUUCUGUUGAUAUCAGCAACUUUGGUGACUCCAUUAACAAGGGUGAGGGAAUGUCUGUGAAGAGAAGACGUGUAUCGUUUGGUGGUCGUCUAAGACCUGAAUUAUUUGAUGAGAACUUGCCUCCUAAUACACCACUCAAAAGAGGAGAAACACCGACCAGGAGGAAGUCACUUGCCACUCACACUCCAGCUGUCCUGAAGAAAAUCAUCAAGGAACGGCCUCAGUCACCAGGUAAAGAAGAGUCUCCUGGAAUAUCUCCACCAAAGGCAAAUGAUCAAAGACGCAGAUCAGGCAGGAGCUCGACCGCUUCCAGUGACAGCAAAUCCUUACAUCAGACAGACACUCCCAAGAAAGCAGUCAGGAAGAGUGGCAACCUGCCUGCCAAGAGAGCAUCUAUCAGCCGAAGUCAGCAUGACAUUUUACAGAUGAUUUGCUCCAAAAGAAGGAGUGGUGCUUCUGAAGCCAACCUGAUUGUUGCAAAAUCAUGGGCAGAUGUCGUAAAACUCGGCACAAAACAAACACAGACAAAAGUUGUAAAACAUGUUCCUCAAAAGCAGACGAGCAAAAGACAAAGAAGACCCACUACUCCAAAGAAACCUACAAGCAACCUUCACAAUCAAUUUAGCACAGGCCAUGCAAACUCUCCCUGUACCAUUGUAAUAGGGAGAGCUCAGAUUGAAAAAGUAAGCAUGCCUGCUCGGCCCUACAAAAUGCUGAACAACUUGAUGUUAAACCGAAAAAUGGACUUCAAUGAAGAUCUGUCAGGACUAACUGAAAUGUUCAAGACUCCAGUGAAAGAGAAGCAGCAGCAGAUGAAUGACGUAGGCUCCAUUCUUUCCAAUUCAGAGAAUUUACCUGAAAAACAGUUUCAAGUCACUAACUCAGGAGACAAACCUCUGCCUAUCACCUCAGAGAUUUUAGGAGAAAAUGUGCUAUCCAGUACUCGGAAUGCAGCAAAGGCGCCAUCUGAUAAAUAUUCUGCAAGUCCUAUCUUAAGACGGAGGAGCAUCAAAAGUGAAAACACAGUGCAAACUCCUAAGAAUGUCCCUAACAUUAUUCAACUUGAAAAGAAGACUUCAGGCUCUGUGACAGAGCCUCUGAAGACAGUAUCCAGUGUGAGCAAGUUAAGAAGGUCUAGAGAGCUCAGACAUACACUUGUAGAAAGUAUACAUGAAAACACAGAAGCAGACCUUGCCGAGGGCAUCAAAGGCAGACACUUAAGGAAGACAUCACUGCAAGGACAAGAAGUGGACCGACAGGUGCAGAACAGUGAAAACUCUUCACAAAGAUUCAAGGAAAAUGUUGAAUUAAAAGAAGAUCCAGAAAAAACAUCAGCUAUGAGAUCAAGUGCCAGGGAGCAGAAGCCAACAAAAGACAAAAUAGGAAGUCAGAUGAUCACCCAAACAGCAGCCUGUGCUGAGGAACUACUUAAUCAAGAAAAAGGAACCACGGAAGAACCAGAGGAAUCCAUGCACAUGCAAAACACACCAAUAUGUGAUGAUCAAAGAGCUAAAAAGCAGAAAGUGGAGCUAGUAUGUGCAGCCAAAGUGAAGCGGUGGUCAAGGACUCCUGAUAAAAAGACCCAACCUCUAGAAGGCCCAGCUAGUCUCAAGGAGCCCUUCGAAACACCAAACUGCAGAGACAAACCCAUAGGUGAUGAUAAAACCAAAGUCCUUUGCAAAUCCCCACAACCCACAACAGAGAAAACCAAAACAAGCACAAGAACACGGCCCAGCACAUCUGGGAAGAAAGUAGACAUGAAAGAAGAAGAACAGUCUUCACUAAAGACGUUUAUACACAUGUCAGGAGGAACCAGGCAUACUUCCAAAGUUCCAGAACUUGAGCAUGGGACCAUCAAAUCUUUAAAGGAACCUGAAAAUCAAAUGCUGCAUGUAACUGUAUCUAGUACCAAGAGGCCAGUAGGAAAAGCUAAGGAAAAGGCUCAGACCCUGGACGACCUGGCUGGUUUCCAGGAACUCUUUCUAUCACCAGUCCCUGGUGACAAAAUCACAAAAAUGCCCAACAAAUCUCCAUUUCCAGAACUGGUCAGAAACCCAGCAAGCAAAAGGAGACUGUCCAAGACAGGUCUUGAUAAGGUGGAUGUGAGAGAAGAGCCUUCCACACUUGGGAAACGAACAAAGUCUCCAGGCAGAGCCACAUGCACACCCACAGCACCAGUGCUGGAAGAGAGCGACACCACAGCCCUUAUGGAAACUCCAAAGCAGAAACUGGAUUUCACAGAGAAUUCAGGGAGUAAGAGAAGGUCACGGACACCCAAGAUCAGGGCUCAACCCCUUGAAGACCUGGAUGGCUUCCAAGAACUCUUCCAAACUCCAGUUGGUGCCAGUGACCCAGUGACUGUUGGGGAAACUACAAAGGUAUCUUUGGAAUGUCCACGACGAGAACCAGUCAGAACCCCAGUAAGCACAAAGAGACUGUCCAAGGCAGGUCUUGAUAAGGUGGGUGUGAGAGAAGAGCCUUCCACACUUGGGAAACGAACAAAGUCUCCAGGCAGAGCUACACGCACACCCACAGCACCAGUGCUGGAAGAGAGCGACACCACAGCCUUUAUGGAAACUCCAAAGCAGAAACUGGAUUUCACAGAGAAUUCAACAGGACAUAAGAGAAGGUCACAGACACCUAAAAUCAGGGCUCAACCCCUAGAAGACCUAGAUGGUUUCCAAGAACUCUUCCAAACUCCAGUUGGUGCCAGUGACCCAGUGACUGUUGGGGAAACUACAAAGGUGUCUUUGGAAUGUCCACAACCAGAACCAGUCAGAACCCCAGCAAGCAAAAGGAGACUGUCCAAGACAGGUCUUGAUAAGAUGGGUGUGAGAGAAGAGCCUUCCACACUUGGGAAACGAACAAAGUCUCCAGGCAGAGCCACAUGCACACCCACAGCACCAGUGCUGGAAGAGAGCGACACCACAGCCCUUAUGGAAACUCCAAAGCAGAAACUGGAUUUCACAGAGAAUUCAGGGAGUAAGAGAAGGUCACGGACACCCAAGAUCAGGGCUCAACCCCUUGAAGACCUGGAUGGCUUCCAAGAACUCUUCCAAACUCCAGUUGGUGCCAGUGACCCAGUGACUGUUGGGGAAACUACAAAGGUAUCUUUGGAAUGUCCACGACGAGAACCAGUCAGAACCCCAGUAAGCACAAAGAGACUGUCCAAGGCAGGUCUUGAUAAGGUGGGUGUGAGAGAAGAGCCUUCCACACUUGGGAAACGAACAAAGUCUCCAGGCAGAGCUACACGCACACCCACAGCACCAGUGCUGGAAGAGAGCGACACCACAGCCUUUAUGGAAACUCCAAAGCAGAAACUGGAUUUCACAGAGAAUUCAACAGGACAUAAGAGAAGGUCACAGACACCUAAAAUCAGGGCUCAACCCCUAGAAGACCUAGAUGGUUUCCAAGAACUCUUCCAAACUCCAGUUGGUGCCAGUGACCCAGUGACUGUUGGGGAAACUACAAAGGUGUCUUUGGAAUGUCCACAACCAGAACCAGUCAGAACCCCAGCAAGCAAAAGGAGACUGUCCAAGACAGGUCUUGAUAAGAUGGGUGUGAGAGAAGAGCCUUCCACACUUGGGAAACGAACAAAGUCUCCAGGCAGAGCCACAUGCACACCCACAGCACCAGUGCUGGAAGAGAGCGACACCACAGCCCUUAUGGAAACUCCAAAGCAGAAACUGGAUUUCACAGAGAAUUCAGGGAGUAAGAGAAGGUCACGGACACCCAAGAUCAGGGCUCAACCCCUUGAAGACCUGGAUGGCUUCCAAGAACUCUUCCAAACUCCAGUUGGUGCCAGUGACCCAGUGACUGUUGGGGAAACUACAAAGGUGUCUUUGGAAUCUCUACAUUCAGAACUGGUCAGAACCCCAGCAAGCACAAAGAGACUGUCCAAGACAGGUCUCAGGAAAGUGGAUGUGAGAGAAGAGCCUUCCACACUUGGGGAACGAAUGAAGUCACCAGGCAGAGCCUCACGCACACCCACAGCACCAGUGCAGCAGGAAAAAGGGAUAAAAGCAAUGAUGGAAAGUUCAAAUCAGAAACUGGAGCCUGUAGGAAAUUUAACUGGGCCUAAGAAACAGCUUAGAACACCUAAGGAAGAGGGCCAAUCUCUAGAAGACCUAACUGAUUGCCAGGAGCUCUUCCAAACACCAGACCAUGGCAAUGGCCCAUUGGUUGUUGGGAAAACCAAAAAAAUGUCCUUUAAUUCUCCACAACCAGAACCUGUCAUAACCCUCAAAAGCAAAAAGAGACAGUCCAGGGCAAGUAUCGGUAAAAUGGAAGUGAAAGAAGAACUUUCAGAGUCAGAGAAACACCCGCAAAUAGAAAAAGCCAUAGACACACUCCAGGUACCGAAUGAUAACACUGUCGUUAGAACAUCGAAGCAAUCUGCAAAGCGGAAACUGGAUCCAGCAGCUAGUGUGCCUAGCAGCAAGAGGCUGCGACGUGCAUCUAAGGAUAAGACACCAUGCCUGGAAGACCUCAGUGGCUUCCAACAGCUCUUCCAAACACCAGGCCAUACUAAAGACUCACUCCCUGUUGGUGAAACCUUAAAAAUGCCCUGCAAACCUCCUCAUUCAGGACCAGUUCGAAGCCAAACUAGUAGGAAGAGUGUGGCCAAGAUAAGUCUCAGGAAAAUGGAUAUGACAGAACUUUCAGCACUCUGGAAGCAGUCGUCAGGCAGAACCCCCACAGCACCAGUGCAGCAGGAUACUGGGAUACAAGCAAUUAUGAAGAAGACUCCAAAGGAUAGACUAGAGACUGCAGCAGAUGUAACUGGGCUUACAGGACAGCAAAGAGCACCUAAGGAAAAAGCCCUACCCCUGGAAGACCUUAGUGGCUUCCAAGAACUCUUCCAAACACCAGGCCACAGCACUGAUCCAUUAAUUGAUAACAAAAGAACAAGUGUACCCUUGAAAUCUCCACAACCAGGACUUAUUAGAACCCCACAAACCUCAAGGAGACUAGCUAAGACAAGUCUUGGGAAAGUGGGUGUGAGAGAAGAGAUCUCCUCACUGAAUGUGCUGGGGCGAGCUACAGGGGAAAUUGUACACGUACCCAGACUGCCAGAAGAUGAUGGCAGAGGGAACAAGGAUCUGAAGGAAUCCAGAACUCAGACACAGGGCCCAUCCGUAAGUGUAACUGGCAGUAAAAAGCAGCGAGGGGCACAUAAGGAAAGGUCUCAGUCCCCAGAAGACUUAUCUGGUCUCCAUGAGCUCUUCCAAACACCAGCUAGUCACAAAGACUCAAUGACUGUUCGUGAAACUAUAAAAAUGUCUUUGGAGUCUUCAAAACCAGAACAUAUCAGAACCCCAGCAAGCAAAAGGAGACUGUCCAAGACAGGUCUUGAUAAGGUGGAUGUGAGAGAAGAGCCUUUAACGCUUGGGAAACGAGCAAAGUCUCCAGGCAGAGCCACACGCACACCCACAGCACCAGUGCUGGAAGAGAGCGACACCACAGCCCUUAUGGACACUCCAAAGCAGAAACUGGAUUUCACAGAGAAUUCAACAGGACAUAAGAGAAGGUCACAGACACCUAAAAUCAGGGCUCAACCCCUCGAAGACCUUGAUGGCUUCCAAGAACUCUUUCAAACUCCAGUUGGUGCCAGUGACCCAGUGACUGUUGGGGAAACUACAAAGGUGUCUUUGGAAUGUCCACAACCAGAACCAGUCAGAACCCCAGCAAGCAAAAGGAGACUGUCCAAGACAGGUCUUGAUAAGGUGGAUGUGAGAGAAGAGCCUUCCACACUUGGGAAACGAACAAAGUCUCCAGGCAGAGCCACACGCACACCCACAGCACCAGUGCUGGAAGAGAGCGACACCACAGCCCUUAUGGAAACUCCAAAGCAGAAACUGGAUUUCACAGAGAAUUCAGGGAGUAAGAGAAGGUCACGGACACCCAAGAUCAGGGCUCAACCCCUAGAAGACCUAGAUGGCUUCCAAGAACUCUUCCAAACUCCAGUUGGUGCCAGUGACCCAGUGACUGUUGGGGAAACUACAAAGGUAUCUUUGGAAUGUCCACGACGAGAACCAGUCAGAACCCCAGUAAGCACAAAGAGACUGUCCAAGGCAGGUCUUGAUAAGGUGGGUGUGAGAGAAGAGCCUUCCACACUUGGGAAACGAACAAAGUCUCCAGGCAGAGCCACAUGCACACCCACAGCACCAGUGCUGGAAGAGAGCGACACCACAGCCCUUAUGGAAACUCCAAAGCAGAAACUGGAUUUCACAGAGAAUUCAGGGAGUAAGAGAAGGUCACGGACACCCAAGAUCAGGGCUCAACCCCUUGAAGACCUGGAUGGCUUCCAAGAACUCUUCCAAACUCCAGUUGGUGCCAGUGACCUAGUGACUGUUGGGGAAACUACAAAGGUAUCUUUGGAAUGUCCACGACGAGAACCAGUCAGAACCCCAGUAAGCACAAAGAGACUGUCCAAGGCAGGUCUUGAUAAGGUGGGUGUGAGAGAAGAGCCUUCCACACUUGGGAAACGAACAAAGUCUCCAGGCAGAGCCACAUGCACACCCACAGCACCAGUGCUGGAAGAGAGCGACACCACAGCCCUUAUGGAAACUCCAAAGCAGAAACUGGAUUUCACAGAGAAUUCAGGGAGUAAGAGAAGGUCACGGACACCCAAGAUCAGGGCUCAACCCCUAGAAGACCUAGAUGGCUUCCAAGAACUCUUCCAAACUCCAGUUGGUGCCAGUGACCUAGUGACUGUUGGGGAAACUACAAAGGUAUCUUUGGAAUGUCCACAACGAGAACCAGUCAGAACCCCAGCAAGCACAAAGAGACUGUCCAAGACAGGUCUUGCUAAGGUGAAUGUGAGAGAAAAGCUUUCUCCACUGAAUAAGCCAAGACGUUCAUCACAGAAAGUCAUGCAUGAACCCAGACUUUCAGAACAUGAUGGCAGAGGAACCAUAGAUUUGAAGGAAUCUGUGACUCAGAAGUUGGACCCAACAGUAAGUGUAAUUCGCACCAAGAGGCAGCGAGGGGCAUGUAAGAAAAGGUCCCAAUCCCCAGAAGACCUAUUUGGUCUCCAGGAGCUCUUCCAAACAUCAGGACACGAUAAGGAUUCAGUGGCAGGUGAUAAGCUCACAAAAAUGCCCCACAGGUCACCAUCACCAGAGCCAGUAGACACUUCAGUAACCUCACAGAGACAGCCCAGAACUAGACUGAUGAAAGCUCAUGUGAAAAGUGAACAAUCAGGAGACAGAAUGCUUCCACAAAUGUCAGAGGAAAUCAUGGACAUAUCUAGAGUAGCAGAAGGUGAAGAUAAAGGCAUUAGAACAAGGAAGCAAUCUGUAAAACGGAAACUGGACACAGCAGUCAGUGUACCCAGCAGCAAGAGGCAACGAAUUGCACAAGCAGAAAAGGCACAGGCCCUAGAGGAUCUGCCUAGCUUCCAAGAGCUCUACCAGCCUCCAAGUUCAGCAGUGGACUUAGUGACUGUUGACAAAGCCACAAAGAUGCCCAGCAAAUCUCCAGAGCCCAUGGACACAACUUCAAAGACACAGCCAGGAAGAAGACUCAGGAGAGUGGGUGUGACCAAAGAACCUGUAGCACAAAGAAAGUCUACAAGAGUGUUACGGGAAACUAGAAACACACACCAAGAGCCUGUGGGUGACAGAAUAGGUGACAAAGAGUUUAAGGAAUCUUCAGUGCAGAAACAAGACCCAGCUGGAAGCUUAACUGGCAAGAGAAGCCAACCAAGGACACGUAGGGAGAAGACCCAACCCUUAGAGGAGCUGCCCAGCAUCCAAGAGGAAACAGCUACAAGAAUGUCUUGUGAAUCUCCACAACCAGAAGAAAAGGAAACCUCAGCAGCCUCAAAGAGGCAGCUCAGAAUACGACUGUGCAAAGCAGGUGUGAAAGAAGAGCCCAUAGCACAGAGAAAGCCACCAGGCCGGGAAACCAGGAGCACACUCAAAGAGCCCAUGAGUGAUAGUGGAAAUGUUGAAGAGCUUAAGGAGUCUACAAAGCGGAAGACUGACCCAGCAGCAAGUGUGCCUGUCAGCAAGAGGCCACGGAGGGUACCCAGGGAAAAGGCACAACCCCUAGAACUGGCUGGUCCCAAAAUACCAGUCCAAAUCCCAGGUCCCACUGAGGAAUCAGCAAGUGAUAAAAGACUCCCACAGAUGCCCUCUACUGCUCUACAACCAGAGCAAGUAGACAGCCUCCAGACCUCACCAAGACGUCCCAGGACAAGACACGGGAAAGUAGAGGUGGAUGAAGAGCCUUCAGUAGUGAGGAAGACAGUGCCAACAUCAAGGCAAACUACGCGAUCCUGCAAGGUCCCUGAAAUUGAUGACAAAGACACCCAAGCUUCAAAGGAGCCUGUAAAGCAGAAAUUAGAAACAGUUGCCAAUGUAACUGGCAGCAGGAGGCAGCUAAGGGCACCUAAGGGCAGGGUCCAACCUCUUGAAGUCUUGGGUGACUCCAAAGAAAUAACUCAAAUAUCAGAGCACACUGAGGAACUAAGACCUGACACCAGCAAGAGCACUCUACAGCAAAUGCCAGACUCCAUAAAACCUCUGAGAACAUGCAGGAGAGUGCUAAGGGCCUCUAAAGAGGACACUGUGGAAACCAUGAAAAUGUCGGUGGAUACCAGAGACCCUGAAGAAUCACAAAGCAAAAGCAACAUUCUCCUGUCCCCCAAGAGAAAGUCUGCAAGAGAUGGAAGUGUUUCAAGAACCAGGGGGUUGCGCUCUGUGACUCUAAAGCAGGAAGCAACAGAUGAGAAACCUGUACCUAAGACACAGAGGACUGUUCCCAGCAAGAGGCAAGUGUCACCUGAGCCCGUAAAGAUGAAACACCUGAGAAUCAUGUCAAGCAAAAUUGAACCAGUGGAAGAGGAGAUUAGUAACAUCAUGAAAACAGAAGAAAAGGAAGCCCCUCCAGAUCAGAAAACGCCUCUGCCCUCCAGAAACCGAAAGAAAACCAAUGGAAAACAGUCAAGACCUGAGGUUAGUGCAUCUGCAGAGACGGUUGGGAUCAAGAAAAAUGAGAAGACCAUGGAGACUUCCCAGGAGACAGAGCUGCAGAGCACAGAUGAUGGAGCCAAGAAGUCUACUGCUAGGGACAAAGUCAGUGGGAAAAGAACAUGCUUGAGGUCUAGAGGUCAGAGGGAGCUUCCCCAGCCUCAUGCAGCAGAGGAGAAACCAAGUGAGACAGAGGCAGAGAUCUUGAUAAAGACUCAGAAAAAGAAAGGAGUCUCUGGAGAUUCAGAUGUCAGAUGUUUGAGAUCCAGAAAAACUGGAGCCACUUCGGACACUGAACCUAAGCCAAGAGUAACUCGGGGCACUAAGAAAGAUACAGAAGUUCCAAAGAAGGAUGAAGACAUUGUGUACACCAAGAAAUUAAGGACAAGAAGUCACCAGAAUAGUAAAAAUAUGUAGGGUAGACAUUUAAGAAGGAAACGUAAAUUUAGCUUAGUGAUAAUUUCCAGUGUGAUUUUUUUAUCUCCAGUGUAAAGGUAAACUGUAAAUAAUGCUGUCCAUGUUUAAGGAAGGAAGCUUUGAGCUUUCGUGGUUAUACUCUCUUCAAACUCCAAUGGAGAUCAUGAGGGGGGUCACUAGCGAUCUCAGAGCAAUAACAAUUUAAAAGUUUGGGGGUGGGCAGGCAUAAG